AAAUAUGUAGGAGAAAGUGGAGAUAGAUCGGGUAUACAUUGAGGAAGCCACCGAAUGACAUCGCGCGCCAAGCCCUUGCUCGAGUGGAAUCCCAAUGCGAAGCAACGAGUGGGUCGUCAGUGCAAACGUGACAUGGAGGAGAUCGUGUGAGGAAGAGAUGAGAGAGUUUGGUCAAUCGUAGACCCAGCUGAAAAGGACGGAAGAAAACAGAACAGAGUGGAGAUGUGUUGCUGAAGCCCCAUGUUCCACUCGGAACGCAAGGGGAUUAUUAUUAUUAUUAUAAAUCUAUUAGCAGUGCAUAGCAAAAGGUCAGCAAAAAAACACAGUCGUUGUGUCUUUCAUUCAUCGGGAAAUACAAAAUCUUUUUUUUCAAUAAUGAACUAACACUUUAAGCUAAUUAUAUAUAAAAAAGUCAUUGCCAAAUGAGGUGAAAGUUCCACUAAAACUACUCCAGAUCAGUAAAAUAAAAAUUCUCACUAAAUGUAACAAUCAAAUGAAGUGUGAUCAUAUCUCUGAUAUCAUGAAAGACUGUAUUUUUUCUUUUGUGAUCUUAGCCAUAUAUGUUACAAAAUAAAUAACCUUUCCCCUUGUAAUCUAUUAUUAUGUUUAUUGUAUAAAAAAAUGAAUACACUCUGAUCUGAUGACAAGUUUAUUGUCCCAACCGGACUAUUAUUAUUAUUAUUACUAUUAUUAGCGUGUUCUGCGGGUAGAAAGUGUGUUAUACCAAUUUAUUUUGAGUACUAUUAUCUGAAGUGUAUGACUUUUAACCUGAAACUUUUUUUUGAUUGGUUCAUAUUUUUUGUAUGAGAUUUUAAUGUGAACGGGUGACAACUUUUUUUACGUGAAUUACUCGUGUUUAUGCUGAUUGGACAAAAUAAUUAAGACACGGGGUUGAUUUAACCAAAAGAAUGCGACUACCAAUAUAUAUGUAUAUAAAUGGAUAUGAGCCUCUGUGUGAUCACUUGCCAAAAAGAUUAUCAGCUAUUCACUUACAAACAGACAGAAAAAAAGAAAAUGAAUCACAAUAUUUAUAAAACAGCUGAUCAAUCUAUUAUAAAUCCAUGUCAAACAUCAACACCUAUAACAUGUGAUAAAUCUAAAGGGAAAAGACGUGGUCGACGAUCUACUAUACCACCAGAAUAUCGGGAACAAACACGAAGAAUUAAAAAACAGAAUCUAGAACGCCGCAGAAGAGCUUGUAUAUCAGAUAAAAUGAAUGCGUUGCAUAAUUUAGCUAUGGAUUUAAUUGGUGAAGAUCCAACACAACAUCAGAAAAUUGAAAAAACUGAUAUCCUUAAUAUUUGUCAUAAUGUCUUUGCAAAUGUUGUCGCCAUUGUAAAUGAACAACCAGAUAUACGUGAACGUGUAAAUCAAUUACGCAAUGAAUUCCAUGAUAAGCUGAAUUCAAAUCAAUCCAAUUCAUCCAAAGAUAAAGAUAGUAAUAUCAAUAAUAAUGAUAGUAAUGAAAAAAAGAAUUCAACCGAUUUAAUUCCUUUCACAUAUCCUAUGGAUACUCGUUUACAUAAUCAGCAUUAUAAUGAUAAACACAGGAGUGUAAUGAGAUCACUUAAUUCUAAUGACAUCGGUUCUCUACAAUUAACCAGUCAUCAAAAUGCCCAAAACUUCAGUGGAAAAUAUCAUCCAAUCAUUAAUACACCAGUCGCUUCAACAGAUAGAUCAAAUAAUUCACUACUACUAAUCACUCCGUGCUCUCAAUCUGUAGAUAGUGGUAUUGAAGAUAUUGAGAAUACACCUAUCAGUAUUUCAUCUUCAUUACAAUCAAUAGAUUGCGUAAUUGGAAUACAACAAAAGAAAAUACCAAGGCAUGAUUAUUAUCAUCAUUCUUAUUCUUAUUCUUAUGAUCCUGAUCAAUCAAAUGAAGUUGAAGUUAAUGAACAAGUAAUUGACUUAUCAUUUAAAAAACAAAAGCAAAUAAUGAAUACGCAUCAAUUCCAGUCGACUAAUACACAGAAUGUUUGGAGACCGUAUUUAGACUGAAGCGAAUUCUGUAGAAGUUUUUCUUUUCCCACUUUCCUUUCAGAUAAUGAAACAAACAAGAGAAUAGUUAAGAGAACUUAAUGUAUCGACUUUACAAAAUCAGAUUCAAUCAAUAUUUCAACUUCUUUCUUUCUUUUUUUCUUUUUUGUUUGGUUAUUAAUUUCAUUUUUGUACCACUAACUUAGCCACAUUUUUAUUCCUUAGAAAGAGAUAAAAAAGGAUGUAACUGGUGAAACUUAUUUUAAUAAAAAUAAACUCAAACAUAGAGUCAUAGUUUUUUCUUCUUUUUUGAUUUUUGAGAAAGAAAUGUUUCCGAAUGGGAGGAAAAAAGCGAUUGGUUCCCAAAAUAAUUCAAGUUAUAUGACGGUAGUUUCUCAAUAAUGCAGGAGAGAGAGAGAG